GUUGGUAUAGGACUCUGCCACACGCCAUUCCCGUGUUUCACAAUGAUGCCUGGUUGGUUCCGCGAUUCGUGGGGAUACCAUGGCGAUGGAGGUCGUUUUUUUUUAAAGUCGGGGUCUCCUGAAGAGCCACCUGUAGUCUGCAGACUGAAGUAUGGUAUUGGUGACACGGUGGGCUGUGGUGUGGAUGAAGAAGGAAAUCUAUUCUUUACCAGGAAUGGUGAACAUCUAGGUAAGCUCGCUAGUAUUGCGAAACGUGGAAUGACCGGCCAAUUAUUUCCGCUUGUCGGUAUAACAGCGCGUGGCGGCCAAAUCACGGCGAACUUUGGAGCAAAACCAUUCAGAUACACACCAGACACCACGGGUGGAGAGAAGGCAGAAAAGUUGAGGGAUACGGUGCUGAAGGAGGCAACUACCGAAGACAUACAAACGCUACCCACUCAAGACGGGAGCCAGUCCGGGGGUGGUUUCCGGCCGAUAGAAAGUCCCACCGACAAAAACGUCCUAGUCCUUUCGGCGAAUGCUCCUACUGUCGGCCGGUCGGACCCUGAGCGAAACUCCGAGACCAAAGGUGAUGGAGGUCGCAAUGGUUUGGACGUCGCUGACGGUAUUGCAGAAGAACCUGCAAAUACCCCGGGCCAGGAAGACGACUUCGCCGAAAACGAACAGCCGAAGCUUUCUUCCAACACUAUCAGCCGUCCAUCCCCUGUUGGAGGCUCGCCUGAGCAGGAUACGCCAGAGGUUGCAGGUGCUGACAGUGGAGGAAGUACAUAG